AGUUUGACUUCCACAACCACCCCUUCAGCAUCUAUGACUGUAGCAACAACUUCAACAAAAAUAGACGAAUCAACUACAACUUUGUCUGAACCCACAACAGCAACUGAUGCAACCACAAUCUUGGCUUCCACAACCACACCUGUGACAUUGACAACUAUAGCACCAGUAUCAACAACUGAUACAGCAACAACAACUAUGCGUGACACAACAACAACUACUGAUGCAACAACAUCUUUUGAUUCCACAACCACCCCUCUAAUGUCAACCAGUGAAGCAUCAACUACAACUCUGUCUGACACAACUACAACUACCGAUGCAACAAGUUUGACUUCCACAACCACCCCUUCAGCAUCUACGACUGUAGCAACAACAUCAACAAAAAUAGACAAAUCAACCACAACUUUGUCAGAACCCACAACAGCAACUGAUGCAUCCACAAUCUUGGCUUCCACAACCACACCUCUGACAUCGACAACUAUAGCACCAGUAUCAACAACUGAAGCAGCAACCACAACUCUGUCUGGCACCACUACAACUACUGAUGCAACAACAUCUUUUGAUUCCACAACCAUCACUCUAAUGUCAACCACUGACACAUCAACUACAACUCUGUCUGACACAACUACAACUACUGAUGCAGCAACAUCUUUUGAUUCCACAAGCACCAUGCUAAUGUCAACCACUGAUGCAUCAACCACAACUCUAUCUGGCACCACUACAACUACUGAUACCACCCCUUCAGCAUCUACGACUGUAGCAACAACUUCAACAAAAAUAGACGAAUCAACUACAACUUUGUCUGAACCCACAACAGCAACUGAUGCAACCACAAUCUUGGCUUCCACAACCACACCUGUGACAUCGACAACUAUAGCACCAGUAUCAACAACUGAUGCAGCAACCACAACUCUUUCUGGCACCACUACAACUACUGAUGCAACAACAUCUUUUCAUUCCACAAGCACCCUACUAAUGUCAACAACUGAUGCAUCAACCACAACUCUGUCUAACACCACAACAACUACUGAUGCUACGACAACUUUUGAUUCCACAACCACCCCUCUAAUGUCAACCACUGAUGCAGGCACCACUACAACUACUGAUGCAACAACAUCUUUUGAUUCCACAAGCACCCCGCUAAUGUCAACAACUGAUACAUCCAGCGCCCCAACAUCCUCAACUACAGCAGCAGCGUCAACAACAACUGAUGCAGAAACACUUUUUAUUCCACAACCACCCAUUCUGUCUGACACCACAACAACUACUGAUGCUACAACAACUUUUGAUUCCACAACCACCCCUCUAAUGUCAACCACUGAUGCACCAACUACAACUCUCUCUGAGAGAACUACAACUACUGAUGCAACAAGUUUGACUUCCACAACCACC